AUGUCUCAUCUUUUAUCAACAGUCAUUCCAGAAUACAAGGGUCCUCAUCACAAGACGGUACGGAAUCGAAUAGCUGCUUUAUACUCUACAUAUACGACAAAACUUCGUGCACUUUUACCUAAACUUGGUCCACUUGCACUUACUUCCGAUCUGUGGCGAAAUUCACGACAAACCAACUUCAUUAGUCUUACUGCUCAUAUUUUUACAGAAAAUUACGAGAGUAUUCCUAUUGUACUUGGUUGUCGACAUGUAGUUGGCCCUCAUUUAGCAACAUCAAUUGAACGUCAUCUCAAGUAUGAGCUUCAUCGAUUUGGUAUUAAAAAAGAACAAAUUAUUAGUAUUACAACUGACAACGGCAGCAACAUGAAAAAGGCUACUUCGUCACUCAAAUUUGGUGAUAGAAUUAGUUGUAUGGCUCAUAAUCUUAAUUCAGUUAUUAAGAAAAGUCUAUGUUUGUGGAAUGAGCCAAAACCAGAUGAUAUUGCAUUUCAAUCUAAUUUUGAUACGGACGAAUGGGAAGAUCUCGAUGAUGAUGAAUUUGAUGAUACAAGUGAAUGUGCUGAAGAUACAGAUGAUGCGGUUUCCGAUUUAAUUAGUGAAGAAGAAGAUAAUAGCUCAAACAGUGAAGAUGAUACAGAUGUUAAUGAAAAAAAUAAUAAUGAAUCAGAUAGUGAUUCUGAUGUUGAUCUUGUGUUUUCUUCACUUACAUUAAAUGAUAAUAAUUCAUCAUCAAUUGAUUAUUUUAAAUUAUUAAGUGAUAUCUUUGAAUUAAUCAAAAAAAAACAAGAUUAG